ACGGAUUUUGCGACAAGCCGUAAACCUUGUCGUAGAGGCUCAUGGGAGUGUACAAAAUUCAAAAUGUCGGCCAGCGAAGGCGAACUCGAGGUUGGUGAAAUUCUCGGUGAGAGAAAGUCAAGUCGCAGAGGAUUAGAGUAUUUAGUGAGAUGGAAAGACUUUGGUGCUAGUAAUGACACAUGGGAACCAUUGAAAAAUCUUUCAAAUGCUGCCAGGGCUAUAGCCGAUUUCCAUGCAAAAACUAUGUCACAGAAGAAGACUAAGAGACGGAGUAAGUCCCGAUCUAGAUCCAGAAGUUCCUCAAGAAGGAGACGUUCUAACAGCCGUUCACCAGGCCGAAAAUCAACAACAAAAACUACAACAAAGACAUCCUCUUCUCCAACAAAGGAAGAGACCAAAACAGAAACAAUAACAAGAUCUCCUGGAAGAUUUGAGAAGACCACAGAAACGCUGACGAGAUCCAUACUUACCCCAAGUUCUACACAGCGCAGUACAUAUUUGACUAGAACAUCAGAGGUGAAGACAACCACAACCAAUCGUGACCUAGAACCAGUCAAACCAGCCAAGUCUGCAGACUGUGGAUGGCUUCAAGUAUGCUGCGUUCCGAUGCAGAAGAUGAAGGAAUGUUGUGCGGGUCUUGUUAGGUCGGAUUAUCCAGCUAUUGUAGUGUGUGCAACCAUUGCAAUUAUUUUCCUCAGCUUUGUAUUGGAGAAAAACGUAGAUUUCGAAAAAGUUUGGGCUGCAAUUGUUGCAUUUUUCACUGGGAUAUGGGCUUGGCUGACACAGCUUGUCUCAAAGUAGCAUUUGACAGAUUUAUUUGUGCAUACAACAGCUAAAAGGCAGCAGUUAAUCUCAGACAAACCAUUGACCCAUUUGGUCAUCACUAUCAGUCUAACACAAUAUAUGUGUAUAUGAUGUGUAUGUAGCCGGAGUAAGACUGUAUAAAUGUCAGGAAGUUUGCACAUAUACUGGGCUUUAUUUUAUCUCUUUAUUAUGACUUUAUUAUAGGGCAAGCCCUUGGCUGUAGUUCUGUAAGUACAUCCGCAAUUAAAAAAGUGCCUUAUUUUGCCUGGCAUUUUUAGAAUGUCUUAAAAAUUCCCUGCCCCCCAUUUUAAUGCCAUGCCUUGGCUUUCCUACCGGUCAGGUACAUCUAAAACUGGUUAUUGGUUGAAAUUGCCUUUAUUAUUGAAUACUGUGCAAAAAAGGUACCGAUUUUUAUUAGGGCACAAAGAUUUGUCCACAUUUUGUUAACUAAAACAUUAAAGGAAAAAACCUUCCAGGUGUGCUUUUGGUGCAAAAGUCUGGCAACUUUCAUAUUGUGACAAUAUUGAUCAAUGUUUAGGAGCUUGCAUACAAUAGUUAGGUAUAUGUGUCUGCCAUGUGACAAGUGAAAUGACCAACUGAUGAGACACAGUUAGCCACAGGGUACUGCACAGGGAAAAUCAUUGUUUUACUUUUUACCAUGCAACAUUAAGUUUAUUUAUAGUGUUGUUUAUGACAUUUUUAAUGAAAUACAUUUUUAGAUUCACAAUUGACAGAUAAUUAUAAAGUGCAAUCUAUAUUUAGUCUUGCUGUGUGAAUAAUAUUACAAGGAACUUGCUAAUGAUUUUAUGUAGACAUUAAUUGAACAGUGAUGUUUAAUUUAUUCUUUUAAAAACCUUUUACUAGUGUUUCUACGGUAAUUACGGUACUAUCAAUAAAAUAUUUUAUUACCCAUAAGAUAUAUGAAUUGCAUAUAGGAGACAUAUUUUGUAAAUCAUUUAAAUUUUUUAUACUUGCGAUGACAGCAGCUUUGUCAUUUUAUAUACAAAGUGCGUUGGUUUACUGCUAGUAAUCUGUGUUGAAACUGUAAAGGUCAUUUGAACUGUAUCAAAAUGUCCCCUUUUUUGCUAAAAAUAUGAAUAUAUAUGUUUGCUUUUUUUUCAUACAUUUUAAUGAGUCAGCAUUUUAAACAGAUCUCGCAAUUUUUUUAUAAAUUUCUCAAAACAAGAAAGAUAACAGUGGAGAGUUGCAAUUGAUACCCAUUUCUGGUCGGUAUCAUGCAUUUCACUGUUUUCAUCCCUGCAUGGUAUGUGAUCAUAAAAUAAGUUACUCAUUUGCAAUUCACCCUCACUGUUGACUGUCUUGUAUUGUAUAGAAAUAUGUAAUUUUGCAACAAAUCAAAACAAGUAUUUUGCUUAACUACGCAAUAUUGUCAUUGGCUAGCUUCUCUCGUUCAGUAUUGUUUGGUUAUUUUUUGUGCAUUAUCAUUUCUUAAGGAAAAGUGCUCAAAAAAAAAAAAUUUGUGUAUUAGAAUUUGACUUUUUGCAUUUUUGCUCUUUUUUUUUUUUUUUUUUUUUUCCUGCCAACUGCUUUGAUGAACACUAUUUGCUUUUCACCUUCAUCUUGUAUGUUUUGGAUUUGUAUUUGAAAGAGCACUUAAUACCUUUAUAAUAGGAAUCCUUUAAAAGUAAUGAAGUUUCAUUUGUGACAAAAGAUGUAAUGACUUUUGACAUAACAUCGUGUUACCUAGACAUGAAAUAUUUCGAACUACGAGCACAUGAAUGAGACAUUAUUUGAACAGUGAUUGGGUUCAUUGGUAGAUAUUUUUGGUUAUUACAAAAGUGUAGAUAUUUUUUAUUUGUUGUAUGCUUGCAUGAAAUCUUGUAUUGCACAUUUUAGCUGGAAACAUUCUGCUCUGCUACUGCUUUUACAGCACUUGCUUGAAUUAAAGUUUUUGAUUUUAACAUUUUAUGUGCAUUUGUGUGUAUGUGUCAGAUAAGUAAUGAAUUUAUAUACAUGUAUCAUCAUGAAUUUCAUUAGAUUUAUUCAUAAUACAAGACGUCACGUUAAUAGGAACCAUCACCUGUCCCUCAUUGAUGUGAGUUCAAAACCUGGCUCAAGGUGUAGCAUUCUUCAAGUGUGGAAGCAGUUCGUCCAGCUGGCUUAUGAAAGGUUGCUGGUUCUACCUUGGGGUCUGCACUUGCAGUAAUUAAUGCCAAAAGAGGCACCUUGGGUCUUCCUCCACCAUUAUAAGCUGGAAAAGUCACUAUGGCCUACAUUGUGUUGAUUUGACUAAAUCCAACAAAAACAAAAUGAACUGUCUAUGUGAUGAUUCUAUUUAAUGUGACGAGGCUUGUAAACAAAAUACAGCAAGGAACCAAAAGGAGCAAUAGCGGAAUCUCAGGUUAAGAAAAUGUCUGUAAAUUUCAGUACAAUGAUGGUUUUUCUGUUUUAAUGUUGUUAAAAAACCCACCCCUCAUUGUUUUGUUGUCAUGGAAAAUCCCACUCACAUUACCAUUUCAUAUUUUGGGGUGCAGUAUUUCUUCAUUGAUUCAUUAUUGUAUCAACAUUAUUUUUGUAACCUUAUCAAUGUGUACAUGUUUUAGUAGAAGUAGAAAUGAAAUAAACAUACUCAAAAUGUCA